GUAAUGCAUCUAGGUGUGACUCACACAAGGAAAGGAAAUAUAGUUCGUAAAUUUACUUGUAUACUUUAACAAAUAACACAAUUUUGAACUACAAUGUCAAUUCAAUUUAUAUUUUGUGCAAAAAUCUUCAAGUUUAUUGAAAAUUAAUUAUAUAAAUAUUAAAUCGUUAAUAACAGGCCUCACACUAGGCAUUUGCGCAUUGAUUCUUUUGACACAUUUGUGGUACGGUCGAGGGGCUUGCUUUGUACCGGAAACACAUAAGAUAGCUUCCGUCUCGUGAUUUUGCGAUGAAUUUUCUUCUUUUUAAAGCCAAAUGUAAAGUAUUUAUCAAUACCCAAGUAUUAUUCUAAGUAUACGAAUCUCAGAUCCAAGACAGCAGUGCAAGAAAACCAUCGAAUUUAGCAGGGUCAAAAAGGGCUAGAAGUUCAGUGAAGUAGUACUUGAUUGAGAGAAUGUCCCUUGUGGAUCUAGGGAAGAAGCUGUUAGAAGCAGCAAAAGGAGGUCGUGAUGAUGAAGUACGCAUCCUGAUGACCAAUGGUGCUCCUUUCACCACAGACUGGCUUGGUCUGUCUCCCCUCCAUUGGGCCGCCAAGCAUGGGCAUAUAAGCACUGCUGAGGUUUUAAUUAGGGCUGGCGUCAGUCGAGAUGCUAGGACUAAGGUUGACAGGACACCCCUGCACAUGGCAUGUCAGGAGGGCCAUCAGCAGGUAGCUGAGGUGCUGAUAGCUGCUGGAGCAGACAUUGAUGCACAAGAUAUGCUGAAAAUGUCACCACUCCACUGGGCAGUUGAAAGAGAGCACAUGGAGGUUGUGGGUUGCUUACUGAGACAUGGAGCAGAUAUGACAAAGAUUAACAAAUUUGACAAGUCCUGUAUAGAUAUUGCAUCAGACCACCGGAAUCCUGUUCUUCUUGACUUACUGUCAUCUACUAUGCAAAUCAAGAAUGGUGGUGAUGGUGCAUUGCCCAACCCAGCAUUAAGUACUAUAACUCUAUCAACAACCGCUUCCCCUUCUGUCCUGGGCACCAUCAAGACCACAACGACUUCCAUGAGACCUAAAGCCAAAAUCACUACCAGUCAGGGAAAAAUAAGCCUUGAUCUGGGCUCUAAAGGCAACACAAGUUCCACUUCAGUACUUGCAACAUUGGCUGCUCUCGCCGAGGCAUCUGCUCCACUCAAGUCAGCAGGAUCUACAAGUGGAGCAUUGUCCUGGCUCCAGGAAGCGUCAAUCACAGUACAACCAAAUCAGACGUAUACCCUAACAGACGCAGGGCGUCUUGCCCUCAAUCUCACCAAGCCAAAGGCAAAGAGCAAACCUGCAAGGCAGAGGAAGUCUUCCAACCCAACACCACUUCCAGUUACAACAGCAUCAGGGGAUGUCAUGCUGCAUCAGGUUGUAAAUCCUGGGACAAACAAGGUGAUUACCAUUGUGACUGGGGGAGGCGAGGCAGACAUUGGCCCAGUCAUGAAUGCUACCUGUUCAGAGCUUCCUUCUUCCCCUGUACCUAUGUCAAUAACACUAGGGACAGAAGGUGAACUGGAUGCAGAAAAUAUAUGCAUUGUUACAAGUGAGGAGAUAGUCAAUCAGGUUGAUGGUAUUGAGGAACUUGAAGCUAAACAAGAUACAGAUGAAGAGCAGAACCUAAUACAUGUAACCGAUAUUACAACUGAUAGCCGAUGAAACUUAUGAUGUAGAAUGCUGAUGAACAUUCUUGGAAAGUUGUGUCUGUAUGAAAGCAAUUCCUCUGGACUUGAGGGACAAGAACUCUUAGAAAGCCAGUGUACAAUGAGAGUGAUGACGUUGUUUUCUGAAUGCACAAAGCAUCUGGCUAUUUCAUCAGAGCAAACUGUUCAUUCAAUCAUCACUUUGUAGCAGCCAUUGUUUUUAAAGAAAAAUAGAACGGCAUACACCAUUCCAUUGAGAAACUUAAUGAAUAUUUCCCAUGAGGGAAUUCAUUGCGAACAAGGAUGAAAGCUACAUGUAGUCUAAAGGCAGAGACUCAACAUGAGGAAGGCAGUUUCACAUGGUCGACUAGAGCAGUGGUGUGCCAAAUGUGAUCAAGCAUCUCCAAUAUCUGAAGCCUCUUCUCUUUAGAAACAGACCAAGAUCUACCCAGAUGUAGUUUUUCUUCAGUGUUCAAAUGCUGAUUUUAAACUUGAAAAUGCUUGUGAGACUGACCAAAGUACUACAUCUGCUAACCAGGUGGCUGGGUGGUGAAUUACAGCCCCUUAAAAGGCCUUGUCAGAUGUAGCCCUGAUUGUCCUUGAUGUUUGAAGACCUGGUUGAAGGUAGCGGGUCAAUACCCAGAGGAAUCUUUUAUUGUUUUGAUGACCUCUUAAAACAUGGACCAAGGGUUGGUGACAUGUAUUGUUAUAAAUGCCAGAAAAUUGUGUGAAUCCCUGUAGGGAAAUCUUACACCGGGUUAUAAUAACAGUAAACAAAAUUGAAAUUGAGAAAUAGACAAACAAGUUGGAAACUGGUUAAAAGGGCAUGGGAAAACAAGAUAAUAGGAUAGAAAUAAAGUAAGAAAAUCAUUCCACUUCCAUUUUCAAACUCUAUAUUUACGUGGGAUAUUGCAGUUUUAGUCUGAUGGGUCAAGCAGUUUCUAAGUUCAUUAUUUGGAUGACCAUUAUUUACAAGUUCAAAUUUAGAGUAGACAGUUUUUCCCUUUUUAUUUAAAUGAAGAAACAAAUCUAGAGAAAAUACCACCCCCCUUGUGAAAAGCUAAAAGUCUAAAUGUAAUCUGCAAUUCUUGAUAAGAAUGUCUAAUUGGUUUGUCAUUUUCUAAUUCAUCAGCUGGAAUUAAAAUGUUAAUUUCUGUGGACUCCGCCUUUCUGAUUAUUUCAGUUUGUAAUUUCUAUUGAUUUGGACAUACAAGUACAUGUAUGCUCGUAAAUGCAUCGUCAGUGUAUUAUUACAUUUCAAUUCAAUUCAUUUCAAUAUUGCUUAUCACAAACAUGUACUUGUGUCUAGUGCAUCAUUCAAAUUGAAAGUUCAUAUUUGAAACAAUAUUGAAACUUAAAUUUUAAAGUGAUUGUUCAAAUAUGGUAAUUACAUAUACUUGUAUCUUAAAGGGAAGUCCACUACAAAAAUAACUUACUUUCAAUAGAAGCAGAAAAAUUAGACGAACCAAUCAAAAAAGUUUGAGCAAAAUCAGAUAACUAAUAAGAAAGUUAUGAAUUUUUAAUGACAUGAAAAACUUUGAAAAUCACUAGACAAAUUGACAACCCACUCAUGACUCUGUGACGUCAUUUCCUCACUAUCCACUAAUUAUUUGCUUUAUAUUGAUAACAUAAAUGUCCUAUUUUCUCCCUAAGAAUCUUAUUUCUUCACGCCAGCAUCCAAGUUAGAU